GCUGUGAGGAAGUGUGAACUGGGUAACGGGGCUGUCGCUUCUUCGGCACAACAAUAACUGCAAUCGUCUGGAGAUUCUGUCAAUUUGUAGGUCAUCGUCAAUAGCCCAGGAUGCCUUACAUUCUCAUCAGCACACAGAUCCGACUGGAGACAGGGCCCACCACAGUGGGAGACGAGUAUUCUGAUCCUGCCCUCAUGAACUUUUUGGAAGCCAGGAAGACCACCAUGCUGGGCAAUAACUUUUCAGAGUACAAUGUAGAGGAACCUCCUCGAUUGGUCCUGGACAAACUGGAGAAGCUCGGCUACAGAGUUGUGACCAUGACAGGUGUUGGUCAGACAUUGGUGUGGUGCCUCCACAAAGAUACCACUGGUCUCUAAUGAUACUCUGUAGACCAGCAAGCGGUACAACACUUGUGAUACAAAGUCAGUACAGAAUAUAAAUAUUUUAUAAACACUAUAUAAACACUUAAAAGCUGUGAAUGUGGUUUAAGCAGUAUUCAAAAAGAAUCAGAAUGGGAUUUGAAGACAUUCUUUUACAUCUGUCUGCAUCAAACCGAUCAGUCUUCAUAGCACUUAUUCUGUAAAAAUGUACAAUUGUUGACAUUACUAGGUGAAGUUAUUAGAUAAUUCCAUGGUGUGUAAUCUAUAAUCCUUCUCAGGAAUGAGUAUGAGAUACCUGUGAUCCAUGCAAGGCAAAUGAGUAUAAACAACUAUAUCAAGGUAUAUCAAUUAUAUUAACAAGUAUAGCUCAAGGUUUGUUUGUUUUUUUAUAACGUGCAAUAGUUUUGUAACUAAAACUGCUAAUUUGUCUCAAUUGUUUGAAAUACUUUUAUUAAUAUAACUAUAUCUGUUGGUAAUGUUUCAUGUCUUAAAUAAAUGUUUACACUGUACAAAAUCUCAGAUGACA